AUGAUUGAGGAAACUGAAAAAUUCGCAGAAUCAGAUGUAAUUGCAAAAGGAGAAGAUGCGAAUACUGAAGGAACUAAACAAGAAAUGCAUGAAUUAAAACAAGACAGUAUUAAAUUGUUUGAAACAUUACAUGCCAGAAAUAAUAAUAGUCAACAAUCGUCAUCAUCAUCAGAAGGUUGA